AUGCCGGUAGAGGGCCAAGUCGCCGAGGCGGGGAGCCUCCCGGUCGACAAACGGGAGGCAGGAUCGCCCGUCGGCGUCGACGAAGACGACAGCCUCUCCCCAGAUUCCCGUUUCUCUGUCUCGCCUUCCAACCAGGCUGCGAGUCAAAAUGCCGAAGGCGAGGGCCUCGAUGACGCCGCGCUCGACCGCAUGAUGGGCGAAAAGGUUCGCUUCGAGAACGACGUCGAGGAGUUUCUUCGCUCGCUGUACGACGAGGUCUACGACCGGAAUGUGGACGCGAUUCGCCGCCUGUACGAAGUCGAGUUCCCGGCCUUGACGGAGCGCUACUACGCGGAGCGCAGAUGGCCUUCUGUCGACGAGGUCGGAACGUUUUAUCGCCAGUUCGACCGUUACCACUGCUUGAUCAUCACGCUGUACAAGGAGCUCUACUACCGCCAUCUGUUCCUCAAGUGUCAGCAAGAAAUCACCUGGGAGGACCGACGCCUCGCGUGGGAAAACUACGCGCUCCUCAUCAACUUCCUCGCGGAAGUCGAGUGCCGACCCGACGACCAGAAAGACGGCAAGUCUCUGCGGUUGCCUCUGCAGUGGCUGUGGGAUAUUCUCGACGAGUUCGUUUACCAGUUCCAGGAGGCCUGUCGCUGGAGGCAGCGCAUUGCCCGGCGCUUGCCCGAAGACGAGCAAGAGCGGGCUCUGUUUCUGAAGGAGAUGGACAAGGACUGCGACGUGUGGAAGGCGAGUCAAGUUCUCGAGUUCCUCCACGCCCUCGUCCAGCGCUCGGACGUCCAGGACUUGCUCCGUCAGCCCAAGGACGACGCGACGAAGAACAAGUUGUUCGAGAGCGAGAUUCGCUUCCAACUCGGCUACUUUGCGAUGAUUCUUCUGCUCCGCCUCCACGUGCUCAUGGGCGACUACUUCGUGGGCGUCAAGAGCGUCGAAAACAUCGAACUGACUUCCAGAGGAUUCUACUGGAAGGUCCCUGCCGCGCAUGUCACCCUCUUCUAUCACCUCGGAUUCGCCUACACCAUGAUGAGGCGUUACACGGACGCGAUUCGCGUGAUGAGUCAGCUUCUGGUGUUUGUCUCCCGGCAGCGAAGCUAUCUCUCUGCUCACUUUUACCAGCAAAUGGCCAUGAACAAGGCGGUCGACAAAAUGUACAUUUUGGUGAUGCUCUGUUCCUCACUGUGCAACGUGAAGCUGGAUGAAAGCGUCAACCAAAUGAUCAAGGAAAAAUACUCCGACAAAUUCUACAAGCUCCAGCAAGAGAAUGAUGAGACGUACUGCGAUCUCUUCACAUGGGCGUGCCCGAAAUUCAUCAACCCAGCGACUCCGUCUUUCGAGGACCCGCAGGCCCUCGAGCGGUUCGCCAACUCGUACAGCGAAGUUCAGCUCCGUCAGUGCAAAAUGUUCUUCAAGGAGGUCGAAUUCCACAAGAAGAUCAGCACGAUCAACUCCUUCGCGAAGCUCUACAACAAUAUCCAGCUUUCGAAACUGGCGUCUCUCAUGGAGCUUGCCGACAAAGACCCCGAAGACGCGGUGCGCUCAGAAAUUCUUUCUGUCAAGUACAAGGGACGACAAAAGGUGUGGCGCUCCGGCUCUCUUCUCAGCGGAGACUUGACGCAGAGUUCCUCGGAUAACAGCGUCGAGUUCUACAUGGACCAAGACAUGAUCCACGUUCGGAGCCAACAAUCCCAGAAGGUGUACGUCGAUCAAUUCCUGAAGCAAAUUGAACGCUCUCAGCACCUGUUCAACUCGAUUCAAAACUCCAACAAUUCAGCUCGGGCUGGCCAGCGCGAGAACCGAGGCCCAGGGGGCGAUCGCGGAAACCAGGGCGGGGACAGAGACAAGUUCGAGCGCUCUCAAGACCGCCGUGGCCACGGCGUCCACUCUGGGGCAAACGAUAUGCCUAAGCGGGAACAGACAGCGCUUGCGUAA